ACUGAUCCAAGUUCGUACAAGCGAUUUGACGCGUUUCCAUUAUCCCUUCCUACCUUAAAAGCUCUUAACCUUAAUAACUUUACUCAGCCCACAGAAAUCCAAAGGCGUGUACUGGGACCUGCUUUAUUAGGAAAGGAUAUAGUUGUUGAAGCGAGAACUGGAAGCGGCAAGACGUUAGCCUUCAUUAUUCCUAUACUUGAGAACCUAUUCCUUUCUGGUGCCACUUCUCUCGAUGGACCAGUUGCUAUAAUACUUACUCCUACUCGAGAGUUGGCCAGGCAAAUCUUCCUGGUCUUGCAACAUGUAUCUAAAUAUCAUUCAUUUACAAUAAUUAAUAUAAUGGGCGGAAAAAAUUUGGCGUUACAAAAAGAAGAAUGGGCUUGUAUUGCACGUGCAAACAUCUUGGUUGGAACUCCCGGCAGACUAGCACAUCAUCAACAACAGAACCCUUAUCUUAACAUGUCUAGCCUUCGAAUACUUGUAUUAGAUGAAGCAGAUCGCCUCCUUGAUCCUACAUUUCGGCAUGAUCUUCAAGCCAUUCUUGAAAAUCUAACGCCUGAUCGCCAAACUAUGCUUUUUUCCGCCACGCAAACUAAAUUAUUAGAUCAGUUGAUUCGACUUAAUAUGCGAAAUCCACUAACAGUAUCUACCUCUUUAAGCAAAAAUUCCGUAACGCCUGCUCAGCUUAUCCAAUCAUAUGCAAUCGUGCCACUAGAAAAAAAAUUAGACUUUCUUUGGGCAUUUCUCCAAAGUCAUUGCAAGAAGAAAAUUAUAGUAUUUUUUUCUACUCAGAAGCAAGUGCGAUUUAUUUACGAUUUGUUUCACCUAAUGCAGCCGUAUUAUACUCUGUUGCAGUUAAGAGGCAAUAUGCUGCAAAUAAGGAGAUUUCAGAUAUAUGACAAGUUUUUAAAUAGCCGAAAGGGUGCAGUGCUUUUUGCCACCAAUCUUGCUGAACGUGGUCUCGACUUCCCAGAUGUUAAUUGGGUAGUACAAUUUGACUGUCCAAAGCAGAUGGAUGAUUAUAUUCAUCGAGUCGGAAGAACAGCUCGACUGGAACGUCCAGGAAAAGCAGUAACCUUUUUGCUUCCUUCGGAAAGAGCAUUUGUCGAUCUGUUGAAGGAGCGUGGUAUCGAAUUAGUACAGCAAAAAUUUGCUGUUUGA